AUGACGAUCAAUCAGGUGAUCAAGAUGCAGGAUCUCUCUUUCUCUCUGUUUCAUCUUCCAUGGAGAGUCAACAUCAGAUUCACCACGGCGUUGCUCCCCCAGAAGGAGAAGGAAGUGAUGCCUUUCACGAAGUUUUCCUUCUCUGAUCUUGAGAAGGCCACCCAGAACUUCGCCAACAAGAAGUUCAGCACAAAUGCUUGGCCCGAUCCUGAGAAGUUUGAGGAAGAGGCCAAGAGAGUUGGGGAGUUGAAACACAAGAGAAUCGUCAGUUUGAUCGGAUGUUGCGCUGAUGGAGAUGAAAGGCUUCUUGUUGCAGAGUUCUUGCCAAAUGAUACUCUUGCUAAGCGUUUAUUUCAUGCGUUAGAUUAUUGUAGCACAAAAGGUUUCACUACAUCAUUCUCCAAUUUGAGUGCCAACUCAAUUCUGUUUGAUGAUGGUGAUAAUGCCUGUCUAUCGUGUUUUGGUUUGAUGAAAGAGAGUGAGGAUGGUCAGACAACAUCAGUUGAUCAAUUCACAAGUGUGGCUUACAAAUUUGGUUGCGUCCUCUUAAACUUGCUUACAGGAAAGGAGUACCUUGAUCAUGCGGCGAUGGUACAUGGACAACAUGAUGUCACUGAGUUUUUGGAUCCAAAGUUGGAGCGAAAUUUCCCAACUGAAGAGGCAAUUCUAGUGUUAGGCCUUGCUGCUCAAUGCAUGAAACAAGAUAGUAACUACAUACCAACUUCUGAGUUGCUUCAAAUCGAAAAACAGCACCAAGAGGCAUCACCUUCAGGUCAAGAGAAUCCACCUUCACCUUUGCCAACUACAUCACAAUGCCAAGGUCCUCCCAAAAAGCCAGCAAACAAGACUGCAGGCUCUCGCCGGUCUUGUCCUCGCCGCAGGCAUAAGGCGACAACAACUCAGAAUGAUGAAGAGAGAGAAGCAAAGAAGAAAGCAACAUUUGAAAAGUGGAAGAAGAAAAAACAAGCUGAACAAAACGCAAAAAAAGAAGAGAAACCUAAAUCUAGACAAACCAAACCGGUGCAGGCGAGGAACAACAAUCAUACUCCUAAAGGUAACAACAGGAAGACGAGUUCUCGGUUCUAG